UCAUGGGAAAUGUAGUUUCACUUGUUCGUAUUGCACCAUUAAAGCCCACGACGACGUUCAGAGGACUACAAAAACCAGGAAACACUGCUUUUCCAAUUUAAUCUGGAGUUUUCAAAGUUGUUAAAAGUUUAGCAAUAGGUGUUGCUUUUGCGUAUUUACUUUCAUUUUGGUAUUAAAAAUACGAAAAAGAUCUUCCACCCCCACCUUGGUUGCUGAAACGGGCCAGUGUGAAAUUUACGCGUUUCUUUCUAGCACGCUUCUUUCUAUUUACGCAUUUCCUCCCGGUACUAACACAGCCUAAAUGCCAUGCGGGUGCUUUAAUUUUGAUAUCAAACUUAGUGUUUGAUGACUUGGGCGACGGGAGCGCAAGCUUCGCGGGAUGGAUAACUUCCGGAAGGUAUGCGGCGUGCAUACAUGCGCAUAUUCAUGCUCCGGACCGGGCACUGCGCCGACGCUCCGGGCCAUGUGAGACAUCUGCGACUUGCCAUGCUGAUUUGCACAAUCCGGGUUUGACGUUGGGUCGCAGAAGAUAUUGGAGCCCGUCCGGCUGGAGUCCAGGUGUCACCUCCGAGAUGAACGGCGAUCCCACCCAGCUUGAGCUCAAACUCGUACAAGUUGUGUUCCGACACGGCGCCCGGACUCCUCUUAAGUCCAUACCUGAUGUGCUGGAGGCUGAUUGGGUCCCAGAUCUUCUGAAGGUACCAGCCCACACCCAAAUCGAUUAUGUAGUCACAGACCUGGAGGGUGGUCCCAGGCCUUCUGCACCAGUGGAGGACGGCUACAGGGUUACAAAACUCCAUGGUGGCACAUAUCCUGGCCAGCUGACCUCUUUGGGCAUGCAGCAGCUAUACGAUCUUGGCAUGAGGUUAAGGAGAAGCUAUAUCAUGGACCUUCCCUUUCUCACGGCCAGCUUCAGUGCAGCUGAGGUCUAUGUUCGUUCCACCAACAUCAUGAGGACAAUUGAAUCAGCCAAGUGCCUGGUGGCUGGUCUUUAUCAGCAAAAGCAGGAUGACGCUGUGCCCAUCCUCACCACGGACACCGAGAAUGAGAUCCUCUACCCAAACUAUCAUGGAUGCAAGCUGCUCAAAGUGCUUAUUGGACGGCAGUGGGCUGAGCUCUUCCAGUUACCAGACAUCACUGCUGACCUGAAGAGCAUCCAGGCUGCACUGGGCAUCCAAACAGAGCAGAGGCUUGACUUCAUCCAUCUUCGGGAUAACAUGGUGGCCAGAGAGGCUCAUGGCCUGCCCUGUCCUGCAGGCCUGGAGAUGUGGAGGUCGACUGUGGAGAGGAGAGCUGUUCAGAUGAUUUGCCACAUAUAUGGAGUCAGUCGGGAGCAUCUUCAGCUCAGCAUUGGCCCCUUUCUUCAAGUCUUGUUGACAAACAUAGAGGACAGACUGAAGGGUACCGGCUCAGCACAGUCCAGGAAGCUGUUCCUCUACUCAGUGCAUGACACCACCUUGAUGCCUUGUCUGAUGGCCCUUGGGAUCUUCGACGCAAAGUGGCCUCCAUACGCAGCAGACCUCGUCUUGGAGCUCUACCAACACUGCGAGACUCAGGAGGCCUUUGUCAAAGUUUCUUACUUGGGUCAGGACAAGCUGAUUCCCGGCUGCAGUGGAGUCUACUGUCCUCUCCAAGAAUUCCAAGGCAUCUUGUCCAAUUUCUCACUGACUUUGGAUCGGUACCACAUACUGUGCAACCAGGCUGACCUCUAAUAAAGGGACAGUGCUGGGUCAGAUUGUAAACAUGUUUACUGUGUUGGUCGAGCUGUUAAUUCCAACCAGCAAGGGAAAAGCAAACUCAGACACGCUGACCUACAAGCCCUUUCUCAGCAGAAACAGUGUGGAUAUAGAAUGGGAGAGGGGAUAGUUGGACAAGCCCUGGUCCAUCUGUUGCUUUAAUUAUUAAGCACUCUGGAUGUCACGCAGCUUCAGUUACAAUUGAAGGCAUCUGCUUCAGGCACACAGGCAUCCAGUGGUACUGUUCGGCUUGGCAUUGAAAUGAGUUACUGGAACCAGGGUUGGGAGGACUGGCUUGAAUAGACUUGAAGCGGCAGCCAACUGUAGCAUCCUCAGGGUGAUACGCACAAUGUGUGUGUUGUACGGAUGCGUCAGCCGGCAGAAAUAAAACUGUGUUCCUUCUCUGAA